CAAUAAAGUAUCUCCGCAUAUAAAAAGGCUUACAUUCAGUAUUGUUAAAUUAAUUAACUUCCAGUAUUCAGCUAGAAACAUACAAUAAAAAUGAAAAUAUCAAUUAUCUUCCUAAUGGUUGCAGUUGCAUGCUUAAUAGCUGUAUCUAAUGCUCAAAGGGGUAAGGGUCCGAAGAAAUGUGAUCGCAUUUGUACGCAACAAAUUCAACCUGUUUGUGCAACAAGGGACAGAGGAAAAACCCAUCGCAGGUUCAAUAACAGUUGUUUAUUGGCGGUUGAAAAUUGCAAGACUAAAAAUGCUUGGAAAAAAGUCGAUUUGAAUAAAUGCAAAAAGUAAAUUGGAACCCAAAAUCAGCAUAAUUAAAACCAGCAGUUGUACGUUUUUGUCCUUAAUAUGAAACAUAUUAACUUAAAGCAUUUAAAAUAAAUUUAAAAAAAAAUAAAAAAUUGUGUAAUAUUUAUUUAUGAUUUACAAGCAAUACUUCAUUAGUAAUGUUUAAUAUUAAUUUGAAUCUUAAUACUAACAUUUUUGGACAAUAAACCGAUUGGAAUAAACUUAACUCCAAUAUCAGAAAAGACUCCAACUUUAACUUGAUUUUUCAACUAACAAAU